GCGCAAGGCGCGCGACCCGUGCACGGUCACACACGUUGAAAAAUCCUCUGCCGAAUUCAUUUUGUAACUUGCGCCGAAACCCGCCAGCAUGACCGUCUACGCCACGGCGCGCGCCGACGUGUAUGCCGAGAUGUCGGCGCCUGUCACCGCCUUUGACGGCCGCAAGAUCGCUUCUGUGGCCGCCAACUUUGCACUGCCGCCGACCGUAAUGGCGCCGACGCCGAUGCCGUACCCGCUCUUGGGUGAGAAUGAUGUCGUCCGCUUGAUCUGCUCGCCACUGCCGCCGGCGGCAGCAGCGCUCAGCCGGCGCAUUGGUGAAGAGAUCGCGGCCAUCUUUGACUCCGAAGCUGCGACAAAGACGUAUGUCAACACGGAAGCCUCCAUGCACGUGACGCUCUUCCACACGUCGCACCCGGACGCGUGCUUGCCCUUCUCGCCGGCCCUCCGCGCCGAAGAGGUGCAGACACUCAAGGCGCUCAUCUCGAGCACGCCGGCCUUCGAGUUGACGAUUCACAGCGUGAUCCUCGCGGCCUCGGGCACCGUUCUGCUGCUGUUUGACGACCCGACCAACGCUGUCCAGCACCUACGGAGCCGCGCCAAGGCGACGUUCGGGUCUGCGCUGCGCCAUCCGAACCACAUCAUCCACUCGACGCUGUCGCGCGUGCUCACCGACACGGUGUCGCCGGCGUGCUUGGCGGCGGCCGCCGCACGCUGCCAGCAGCUCACGGCCGAGCUCGCGGCGCAAACCGUCGCGAUUGAGUCAAUCUGGUAUGUGGAGGAGACGCACUUUUACUCGGCGGGCAGCGGGCAGCACGAAAAGAUCACGUUCGGCACCGCAUUGGCUUCGGUGCAGUAGAGAGCGCUAGCGUCUAACGUCUCGCACGAGUUCAACGAGGUCGUCUCCUUCUUCUCUUCUUUGCGGAUGCAGCGAGAGAAGCCGAGACGAGCGCGACGUACCGAGACUUGUGCAGCACAAGUACUGCAAGACCACGGGGGAUGCGAACGAAGCGUGUCUACUGGAUGACCCGCAAUGAUCAUGCACCGCUCGCGAUUGCACGCACUUUGCUCAGACACCUCAGUCUCGCUCGCCAACCACCACCUCUUGCAACCACCCGCAAACGCCACACUCACGUUCGCGGUUCCUGGAGCCGCCACGUCAUACGAAGGCAAGCCGCCCGUCUCUUGUGUAGUAGAUCAAACGGCUGCGCUGGCACCCCACACUCUCUGGCGCCAGUGCGAGUGAACAAUGGCGAGUCGGCUACUU